CUUUCCGAUACAAGCAGAAAAUGGUCGCCCAAUCUCACAUUAUGAAAUUUACACUACUGUAUUGUUCAUUAUCGGAUAUAACUCAUCUGCCUCCCUGAUUUGGACAAUACCAUUGGGGCUGACGAUCGAAAAGGACGCUAGAUCCAUAGCUCACGAGGUCUCUCGGCGGGACCGAUCCCAUUCUGCAAUUCAGCUUCGAGCUAGCGACUCAGCUCAUGCAAGGUCUAUCAGUUGAGAACGUGAUAGAUGUUUGAUCCAACGUCUAUACACCAAUGUGCUUUUACAAAAACUUUUUACUCCUCAAUCUACCAAGAGUUAAUGGCAUAGCCGCCCCAGUUCGUUGAUCGAGGCCUCUGGCUCAGCUCCAUUCAUUCAAGCCACGACCUUGACAUCAACCUGCAAGAAGGGCAGAUCGACGCAAGAUUAGCUGGCCACAAGGCUGGCUGAUUUAUCCACCAUCGAAUAUGGCCUUGGAGACGUGGAUAUGGCGUCUAUUGAUAAGAAUUGUGAGGGAAGGAGGAGGAAGUAAAAACAAUACAAAAGCCGGUAUAUCCCCAGGGUCUUGUUCACUUCUCAAACAACAGAGACUUGCGAAAGUCAGAUACACAUCACCCACCAAAUUCCUUUUACCCUUGAUCCCUUUGUUCCUGGCACCCAUACAUACCCAACAUGGCUCAGCUACAAACCGACAUCCCCCGAGACAUCAACUUCCUCCUACCCGGCGGCGGCGACAGCCUACGCAUCGCCUACGCCAAACACCUCCUAUCAAAAUUCCUGACCGAGGAGCACGCCAAACAGCACGGAUGGUCCAAAGCAGAAAGCCGCCCCCUCAAGCACAUCUUCAGCCCUAUCCCUUCUUCCCUAGAUGAUCUCAAAAAGAGGGACGGCCUUUUUUCGGACGAUCCAAACUCCGCGGUCUUCAAGGGCAAAAUCUGCAUCGUGGGCGCUGGUGUAGCUGGUUUGUUCACUGCGUUGAUGCUCAAGAUAGGUGGAAUCUAUAACUUUGAUGUGGUCGAGGCGUCGGAUAGGGUCGGUGGACGACUGUAUACCCAUUGGUUCUCGGAUAAGGAGAGCCCGGAUUCGGAGCAUGACUAUUAUGAUAUCGGCGCGAUGAGAAUUCCAGAGAUCAAUACUAUGCAGUCUGCACUUGAUCUCAUCAAGUAUCUCGAACUUGACGACAAGUUGGUGGACUAUAACUACGUUGAGCCCACAAAGGAAGAUAUUGUUCCACACACGUGGUGGUACAAGAGCGAAAAGCCAGAUUGUAAGAAGUUUGAUGACGCCAUCGCAAGUGUCGUACAGAGCUUCACUCAGGCUCCAGGCAAGGCUUUCGAGGAGUACAUGAGCGGAAACAACGACUAUUACUCUACCCGCGCUUGGCUAAUGCUUCAAGCUGAUCCUAAACUAACGUACGAGGAGACUGCAAUGAGUGAGGCAUCCGAAACCUCUACCGGUCUCUUCGACCAAGCCUUCAUCGAAACCAUCUUCGACUACUGCGACUUCGCUGCAGCCAGAAAUGUCGAGUGGAAGCGUCUUGAAGGCGGCAUGAGCCAGGUUGCCGACCGCAUGAAGGAACUCAUCGAGAAGCCCGACUGGCCCGUCAAGGGAGCCCCCGCGAUCAAGGUCACCACCUCCCGCCCCGUAACCGUUAUGUCCGAAACUGCCGACCGCUCCGCCAUCAGCGUAACCACCACCUGCCCCAAGGGACAGUCUCCAUCCACAACCGACUACAGCGCAGUCUUCUCCACCACCGCCAUGGCCCCCCUCCGGCGCAUUGACAUCGAAGGCCUGCACCUCCCCGACAAGAUCCUGACCGGCAUCCGCUCGCUCAGCUACGACCGCGCAACCAAAGUAGCCAUCAAGUUCGCCUCGCCAUGGUGGACUCUGGUAGGCGGCGUCUCGUCCACAGACCUGCCCAUCUCCAAGGUCGUCUACCCGUCCUGGAACGACGGACCUGAUAAGCCGGCCGUGCUGAUGGUCUCAUACUCCUGGGCGCAGGACGCUACCCGCAUGGGCGCCUUGGUGCCGGAUUACACCAAGACUUUGCCCUCUAAAGACGACGAGGUCGUGUCCGUCUGUCUUAAUGCUUUGGUGAAGCUGUUCUCCAAGGCCGAUCCCCAGACCAUGGCCGCCAAUGUCCCGAAGCCCAUCACGCUCGACUUCCUCCGGUCGCAAUACGUCACGCACCAUGCCUUCGCCUGGUCUCACGACCCUUGGCAGGGAGGCGCCUUUGCGCUCUUCGGACCGGGCCAGUUCAAGGACGUGUACCCGGAUUUCCACAAGGCGUACUGCAAUGGCAAGUUCUUCAUGAGCGGCGAGGCGUUAAGCACGCACCAUGCUUGGAUCAGCGGGGCGGUGGACAGUGCCUAUAUGAGCUUUGUGUUAUUUACGACAGUGUAUAAGCUGAAGGAACCGAUGGUGAAAGUUAAGGAGAGCAAUCUGGUGGGCGCAAGAGGAGAGAAUCCGGAAGAAAUUGAUGAGUUCUUGUUGAGGUGGGCGGCGAAGUUGAGCGAAGGAGUUGAGGUUGAGGGGGAUCAGAAUCGGGGCAGUGAACAUAGGAACUAUGGACCUGGUGAGGAGAAAGGGGGACUGGAUGAUGACUGGUGCGAUUGUUGCUGAGAUGUACCUAUCGAUAGCUGUGAAGGUUAGCUGAUGUUAUCAGGUGGCUCAUCAAUUAGCACGAAGUUGAUGAUCAUGGUAUCCUGCCUCCCCUCUUCUGUGUGUAGGCCAAGAAUAGCGGGGCAGUUACGAUAGCUCAUUUUUUC